GUAGGUCACUCACUGCCGCCAUGGGGUCUGGGCUCAGGAGCUGUGAGUCCUCCCCCCACUAAGCUCUCUGACCAUUCCCCCCCGCGGCCCUUCCCAGCCUCCAGCCCCUUGGCCGAGCUCCCAUUUCCCCAUCUCCGUCGGGCGCCGUCCGGAGCCCGUGAGGUCCUGGGGCUGCACGUCAGCCCCAGGUGGGCGAGCCGAGCUCAGGAGGGCGAGGGUCAGGGCCCGGUGGGCGAGAACUCGGCCGCAGGUGGGGCUCGGCUCACUCUCCUUGCAUCUUUCCCGGCUCUUCUCCCCCCAGGUGGAGGCCCUUAGCGGGGCGGCCUCUGCUCCUGGGCCCAAAGGCCCGGUGAGAUCCGGCACUUACUCUCCCGAGUCCUCCGGGACUUGGUGUCCGCCUCCGUUUCUUGCUUCUCCCUCUGACCUCCGGCCCCAGUGGGGGUCUCAGGCUCGCGCUGGGCCCUUGGCCCGAGUGCCCUCCUAGCCGCUCACACCCACCUCCAAUGCUCGUUUCUCCAGGAAGCACCCCAGGUUUCCUUGGCGACCAGCUCACCCAGCAGUUCCCGAUCCCUAACGCUGGUUCACAUGGCCAUGCUCCCCCACAGGGAGGCUUCUGUGCUCCCGUGGCCUCCUGGGCCGAGGCUCCUGGGAAAACUCCGGGCUCAGGGCCAGAUGGGGGCCUUGGUCACACCCCAAGCACAAGGAGCCUUCUGGCCUCCACCUUCAGGGCCAGGACCAGUCUGAGGAGCCACCUCUGCCCGGGGAGAGGAGGCCGGGGUCCGGCCGGGUGCUGGCUCCCGGCGCAGGGACCGGCCUCGGGGGCUCUGGGGGACUGGGGCUUCCCGGCUCGACGGCUCUUGCUCCUGCGCUGCAGCUGGCGAUGGGGGCAGGCGGCCUGGGGCUGGCGCUCUGGGAUCAUGUUCUCCUGUCCGUGGCUGCUUCUGGGGGAGCCGGCUGCUUUCUCGGGCUGUCCCUGGGAGGCGAGCGGUUGGGGGACGGGAGGUGGGGGUGGGGCGAGCCUCGGCCCCCGCCUCACGGCCCCCACCUCACCUGCAGACAUAGUGACGGAGGACGAUGUCUACUGCAACUGCCUGUCCAAGACGCUGUGCCACGUGCCCACGCCCGUGACCGUGGGCUUCUACGCGCCCUUCGGCUGCCGACUGCACAUGAUGCUGGAUAAAAUCACAGCCCUCAUGCAGAAGGAGGCGGCGCAGCGGGAGGCGGAGGAGCUGCAGCAAGUGCGCUGGAGGCCACGGCAGGUGCACGGUUGGGGCUUCCCGAGGCUGCUCUGGUACCUGGUCUUCUACCAGCCUGUCAUCACGGAGCUGCACCUGCGCCGGAAGAACGUGCAGUUCCUGUUUGUGCGCUUCAGCGCCUGGCAGUACGCAGGCACCGACAAGCUGUGGGCCGGGCUGGUGACCGCGCUGUGCGACGGCAUCCGCGAGCACUACGGGGCGCUGCCCUUCAGCCUCUACACUGUGGUGGGCAACAAGCCGGCCGUGGCACCCGACUGCUGCCAGCGCGAGUGGCACUGCCGGCGCCGCGUCUGCCUGGUGCUGCUGGCGCUGGCGGCGGCGCUGGCGCUGGGCGUGGGGCUGCUCUACCUCUCCAUCAGCGGCCGCGCGCCCGGCAGGGAGGGGGGCGCCCACGGCAGCCUGCUCAAGGUCUUCGGGGGCGCCGCCACCACGCUGUCGGGCUCGGGCCUGCUGAUGGCGCUCUACUCGGUGGGCAAACACGUGUUUGUGAGCCAGCGCAAGAAGAUCGAGCGGCUGGUGACGCGCGAGAAGUUCGGGAGCCAGCUGGGCUUCAUGUGCGAGGUCAAGAAGGAGGUGGAGCUGCUCACCAACUACCUGCGCUUCCUGGAGAUCUUCCAGCGGCGGCGGCUGCGCGUGGUCCUGGAGGUCACGGGCCUCGACACCUGCUCCUCUGAGCGCGUGGUGGGCGUGCUCGAUGCCAUCAACACGCUGCUCUCCGACGGCCAGGCGCCCUUCAUCUUCAUCCUGGUGGUGGACCCCCACAUCCUGGCCUCCUGCCUGGAGAACGCCAGCUCCAUGAAGGGUGUGGCCGACAACGGCUACCUCUUCCUCAACCGCACCGUCACGCUGCCCUUCUCGGUGCCCAUCAUGGGGCGCCGCACCAAGCUGCGCUUCCUGGAGGACGCCGUGCAGAGCCGGGACGACCUGCUCUACCGGGCCAUCAGCCGGCAGCUGCGGGGCAGCCAGAAGGGGGAGCCCCCCGCGGCCGAGGGCGCUGAGCUGCUGCACGUGGAGGCGGCGGGGGGGCAGGAGCAGGGCAUCGAGGCCGAGGCCGGGCGCCGCAUCCGCGAGGCCCUCUUCUGCCUGCACGACGAGCGCGACUGUCUCUACGAGUACAUCCCAGACAACGUGGUCUCCAUGCGGCGCAUCGUCAACACGGUCCCCAUCACCGUGAGGCUGCUGCAUGAGCACCAGGCCCGCGGCGAGGGCUCUGGGCCCACGCCGCGCCAGGCCGUGGCCUGGGUGGUCCUGGCCAAUCAGUGGCCCUGCCGCCUGAGCUGGGCCCUGCAGUGCCUCGAAGACCGCCAGCAGGUGGAGGGGGGCCCGGACCCCCAAGCUCUCCUCUGGGGCAUCUUCCGCGACAACAGCCGCGAGCUCCACACCAUGACCAAGGCCCUGCAGAACGUGGUGGACCUGGACGGGGACCCCGAGCUCUUUGCCCGCUUCCUGGGCGUCGACUUCCCCUUCACCGUGGCAGAGGCCCAGAGUCUGCUCUGCUGCACCGUCAAUCUAGACCACUCCAUCCGCCGCCGCAUGGGGCUCAUCCGCAGCAUCCGCGCCCUCGACCCCCAGGGCGGCGACCCCCGGGGCUCCGGCUCCCACCCAGAGAAGCCUUCCUCCCCACACCGGGACCAGCCCUUCCAUGUGGGCGGCGACCCCCGGGGCUCUGGCUCCCACCCAAAGAAGCCUUCCUCUCCCCACCGGGACUGGCCCUUCCAUGUGGGCGGCAACCCCUGGGGCUCCGGCUCCCACCCAGAGAAGCCUUCCUCCCCCCACCGGGACCGGCCCUUCCAUGUGGGCGGCGACCCCCGGGGCUCCGGCUCCCACCCAGAGAAGCCUUCCUCCCCCCACCGGGACUGGCCCUUCCACGCGGGUGGCAAGGCAGGCGCCGUCUCCUGAGCUGGGGGUGACCUAGGCAGGACAGAGUCCCAUCCCGCUUGUUCCUGGACGUAGAGAUGGUGGUGGCGCGAGUCGGGGCCCUGGCUGGCAGUGAGAGGCCGUCCUGCAGACCGCCCCCGUGAGUGCGCUGGACACGGGGCCCCACUUUUCCAGCUCCCAGUGAAGCAGUGUUAUGAACUCGGGCCUCGAGUGGUCUCCCAGCAGUUGUGUGUGUGCGUGGAUGUGUGUGUGAGCGCAUGUGUGGGAGACCCACUGGAAACCCCCUCCUCAGUGCAAUA